CGUUAAGACUAAGGAAUAGCUUCCGUCGUAGACUUAUUCAUUUUUUGGUCAAGAUUACCAAUUCAACGAUGCCUUAAGUUUCGUAAAUGUCUUUUCCAAAACUAGCUGUUUGAUAUUUGUUUGUGUUUAUCUGUUCACAGUAACAAAUUGAAAGAGCAGGAAAAUGCUGUGGAGUGUUUCAUGUUUGUUAAUUUUCCUCCUCUCGGGCUUCUUUAUGGACUGCGGAUCUGCUGGUGAGCAAUGCAGAGAGGAACGGAGCAUAAAUGGAAUGGCUCUACAAGGAUUCGUCUUUACAAAAUUCCUGGUUAAAGCUUUUCACGAGUGUGAUAUCAGCUGUGAAACAGAAAUCAAGUGUCAAAGCUACAACUUCGUUGAAAGGGAAAAGUCGUGCGAACUGAAUACCCGCACCAGGGAGGCAAGACCGGAAAAUUUCCGUUCAGACCCGGCCCGGUCUUACAUAAGACGCUUGAUGGAAAGGGCUCCUCUAGGUUCCAUUCCGGAGCUCCCAGCGCAUUCGUGUCAGGAAAUAAAGGCAAGCGAAGGAAAAGACACCAUUAGCAGCAAGUACUGGCUGGAUCCAACUGCGAAUGGAACGGCAGUUUUGGUUUAUUGUGACAUGAACUUACAAGAUGUUGAUGAAUGUAUCACCGGCAACCAUGACUGUGACGUGAAUGCAAACUGCACCAACACUGUUGGCGGACAUAACUGUUCUUGUAAGGAAGGAUUUGCUGGAGAUNUGGAGAUGGUCGCUCAUGUUCAGAUAUCGAUGAAUGUAACAAAGGAAGCCAUAGCUGUGACGUAA